CGCGCCGGGGCCUGGCGGUGUCUGUGUGUGGGGGGGGCGCAGGGUCUGGUGUAGCCGCGAUGCCGGCGCUGGAGGAGACGCCGGUGGCCGCCGGCGAGGGGAAGCCGGACCUCUUCUUCGAGGAGGAGGAUCUGCAGUACGAGGAAGAAAUCCUGCGCAACCCCUUUUCUGUCAAGUGCUGGAUCCGCUACAUUGAGUUCAAGCAGAACGCUCCCCGGCAUGUGCUGAACCUGAUCUACGAGAGAGCCCUCAAGGAGCUGCCAGGCAGUUACAAGCUGUGGUACAACUACCUUAAGCAGCGCCGGAAGCAGGUGAAGAACAGGUGUGUGACUGACCCCGGCCAUGAGGAGGUGAACAACUGCCAUGAACGUGCCCUCGUCUUCAUGCACAAGAUGCCUCGGAUCUGGCUAGAUUACUGCCAGUUCCUCAUGGACCAGUGCCGGAUCACCCGCACGCGCAGGACCUUUGACCGGGCGCUCCGGGCGCUGCCCAUCACACAGCACCAUCGCAUCUGGCCCCUCUACCUGAAGUUUGUGCGCUUGUACCCCCUGCCCGAGACGGCUGUGCGAGUCUACCGCAGGUACCUGAAGUUGAGCCCCGAGAACGCCGAGGAGUACAUUGAAUACCUGCGCUCCAUUGACCGGCUGGACGAGGCUGCCCUCCGCCUUGCCACAGUGGUCAAUGACGAGAGGUUCGUCUCAAAGGAGGGGAAAUCCAACUACCAGCUGUGGCACGAGCUAUGUGACCUCAUCUCCCAGAACCCUGACAAGGUGAAGUCCCUCAAUGUUGGGGCCAUCAUUCGCGGAGGCCUGACCCGCUUCACCGACCAGCUGGGCAAGCUCUGGUGCUCCCUGGCCGACUACUACAUCCGCAGCGGGCACUUUGAGAAGGCCCGGGACGUGUACGAGGAGGCCAUCCAGACGGUGAUGACGGUGCGAGAUUUCACCCAGGUGUUUGACAGCUAUGCCCAGUUCGAGGAGAGCAUGAUUGCAGCCAAGAUGGAGACCACCUCUGAGCUGGGGCAGGAGGAGGAGGAUGAUGUGGACCUGGAACUGCGCCUGGCUCGCUUUGAGCAGCUGAUCACACGGCGCCCCCUGCUGCUCAACAGCGUGCUGCUGCGCCAGAACCCCCACAACGUCCACGAGUGGCACAAGCGCGUGAAGCUCUACGAGGGCAAACCCCGAGAGAUCAUCAACACCUACACGGAGGCCGUGCAGACCGUGGACCCCUUCAAGGCCACCGGCAAGACACACACACUCUGGGUCUCCUUCGCCAAGUUCUAUGAGGAUAAUGGGCAGAUUGAGGACGCCAGGACCAUAUUUGAGAAAGCCACCAAGGUGAACUUCAAGCAGGUGGACGACCUGGCCUGCGUGUGGUGCGAGUACGGGGAGAUGGAGCUGCGCCAUGAGAACUAUGACCAGGCCCUGCGCAUCCUCCGGAAAGCCACGGCCAUCCCAGCCAAGAAAGCAGAGUACUUCGAUGCCUCAGAGCCCGUCCAGAACCGUGUGUACAAGUCCCUCAAGGUCUGGUCCAUGCUGGCCGACCUGGAAGAGAGCCUGGGCACCUUCAAGUCCACCAAAGCGGUGUACGACCGCAUCCUGGACCUGCGCAUCGCCACGCCCCAGAUCAUCAUCAACUAUGCCCUCUUCCUGGAGGAGCACACCUACUUCGAGGAGAGCUUCAAGGCCUACGAGAGGGGCAUCUCCCUGUUCCGCUGGCCCAACGUGUACGACAUUUGGAACACCUACCUGACCAAGUUCAUCGACCGCUAUGGUGGCAAGAAGCUGGAGCGUGCCCGCGACCUCUUCGAGCAGGCACUGGACGGCUGCCCCCAGAAAUAUGCCAAGACCAUCUACCUGUUGUAUGCCAAGCUGGAGGAGGAGUUCGGGCUGGCGCGGCAUGCCAUGGCGGUGUAUGAGCGGGCCACGCGGGCCGUGCAGCCCUCGGAGCAGUACGAGAUGUACAACAUCUACAUCAAGCGGGCGGCCGAGAUCUACGGGGUCACCCACACCCGCAGCAUCUAUGAGAAGGCCAUUGAGGUGCUGUCAGACGAGCACGCCCGCGAGAUGUGCCAGCGCUUUGCCGACAUGGAAUGCAAGCUGGGUGAGAUUGACCGGGCCCGGGCCAUCUACUCCUACUGCUCGCAGAUCUGUGACCCCCGGACCACAGGCUCCUUCUGGCAGACGUGGAAGGACUUUGAGAUCCGGCACGGGAACGAAGACACAAUCCGGGAGAUGCUGCGCAUCAAACGCAGCGUCCAGGCCACCUACAACACCCAGGUCAACUUCAUGGCCUCGCAGAUGCUCAAAGUCUCCAGCAAUGCCACGGGCACCGUGUCAGACCUGGCGCCGGGGCAGAGUGGCAUGGAUGACAUGAAGCUGCUGGAGCAGCGGGCAGAGCAGCUGGCGGCCGAGGCAGAGCGGGACAAACCCCGGGCCAAGGAGAAGAUCCUCUUUGUCAGGAGCGAUGCGUCACGCAGCGAGCUGGCCGCACUCUCCAGGCAAGCGAACCCUGACGAGAUCGACAUUGACGAGGAGGAGGAGGACGGGGGUGAGAGCGAGGAGAAUGAGCCUGAUGAGGUGCAGCUGGAGCAGCAGAGUGUCCCCUCAGCUGUGUUCGGGGGGCUGAAGACAGACUGAACUGGAACUGGGGGCAGCCAGUGGGCACCAUGGAGCCUGCUCCCCUCCUGGACUGUGGGCAGAGGGGUCUGGACUUUGACUGAUCCCCUAGAGCAUGGGCUGAGUGUCCAUCCCCCUGGGGCUGGCUGGAGCCAUGCCCUGUCCCUCACCCAGGGGAACACUGCUGCCCUAGUUCUUCUGGGGCUGUAGGCCAAGCAGGCUCCCUGAGUUCUGGGCUCCCUCUCCCCCUUGGGCUGUGGGGCCCUGGCUCCUAGGAGGGAGGGGGUAGGGUGGGGUAGGGCUGUGCCAUCCAGGCAGGGGAGGACCCUGCUCAGGGCCAUUGGCGGGAGGGUGUGGAGCCAGCCUGCCCACCCCUCCCCCAUGAAGCACUUUGGGAGCCUGGCUUGUUAAGAGGGGAGGGAGCCAGUCCUGGAUCUGGGCUGCACCAGCUAGUGAGUGGGGUAAACCAUGUGCUUGGUGCUCUUCCCCCACUGCUGGCAUGGCUGGGGCAUGGGUGGCCACACCUCUGGCUCUGGUGCAGGGAGCGGGGGAGUACCCCCCCAAAGGGGCUCCUGUGUCUGAGGCAGGGUGUUUUACUAUAAAUGUUUCUUUUUCUAA